GAGACUGGUGCAUCAGAUUUUCUAACACUUCCAGCGAUCAGACAUGAAGUUCCUGGUUGUGGUAGCAGCGGUGGCGGCGUGCGCGGGCGCUCGCUCCAUCAACGCCGGUUGGGUCCUUCCGCCAGGCAACAUCGGCACCUCGGGCAUCCUGCGCAAGGAUGGCUCCACCGAUCUGUUCAGCCAUGACUUCGCUCACGACAUCGUUGCCAUCGGACCGGCUGGCAUCGUCCUAAAGAACGGCCCACCCGUUCAGCUCGACGCCGACCUCAACAUGGUGGGCCGCAGCAAACGCUCCACCGCUGGAUACGUCAAUGCGGCUGGCAACAUUGGCCGCUCCGGAGUCGUGCGCACGGAUGGCACUAUUGAGCAGUUCGGCCACGAUCUGGCCCACGACAUCGCUUUCUUUGGCCCCAGUGGCAUCAUCCUGAAGAACGGCCCACCCAUCCACCUGGACGAAAACCUCAACAUGAGGGGCCGCACCAAGCGUCACGUCAUUGGUGACACCGGCAUGAUCACCGACUGGGGUCAGAUCAUCCAGUUCAAGGUGCCAUUCACCACCAUUGUCCACGAAGGCCCAAGUGGCAUCGUCCUCUCCGACGGCCAGAAUAUCCAGAAGCCAGCUGUGUAGAAAACGGUCCAAUCUGACAACACGAAGAAUAACCGUCGUUUUUUGUUAAAGCCUGAAUUCUGUGAAUUCCUAAGCAGUAAAGAGGACAUCAGCAAGGUGGUUUGGCAAAUAUGGCAGAUAUGAUAAGGCAUUGUAAUAGUUAUCAAAAAGAAUAAACUC